AUGCUGGUUACCGAUCCAACCAGAGAUAACAGCAUAUUGGAUUAUAUUUGUACUAAUUUACGUCCAGAUAUAGCUGUGUGCAAAGUUAUUCCCUAUUUUUUAUCAGAACAUGAUCUCAUUUUAUGUGAAUUUCCCCUUAAGAAUCCACCUUAUACGGUCAGAUGGAGUAGGAUUUUCAGCAAAAGUAAUUUUGACAGUGUCGAGUUGCAAGCAGAGUAUCAUGUUAUGAAACAAAAAUCAAAUGUUUCACUGCAUAUUGUGUUUUGCCAAGUUUGUAAAAGUGAUAUUGAUAUUUCUAACAAUGGUCGCAGUAAUAUUAAACAACAUUUGUCAAAGAAAACACACAUGUGGGCUGCUAAUGCAAACUCGAAGAGCAGCAAAUUGGAAAUCUUUGUUAAAGAAGAAAAUUUAGGUUCUGCAAGUAUGUUGAUUGCUGUCAAGGAAGGUACUUUUGCUUACCAUACAAUUAAGCAAUUGCAAAGUUUUAGAUCCUUAGACUGCACGUCAAAACUAAUUGUACGCAUGUUUGAACCUAAAUUUGCGGCAGCUCGAACCAAGACUGAGGCGAUUAUAGAAAAUGUUUUAGCUCAAGAGGCUCAAUCCCAAUUAGAAAUUGACCUUCUAAAAGCAAAUUUCGUUAGCAUCAUAAUGGAUUCGUCGAAUCAUAGAGAAAUUAAAGUUGUGCCCUUAAUGGUAAGAUAUUUUGAUAGAGAAAAUGGUGCCCAAGUAAAAUUACUUCAGCUACGUGACUUUCCUGGUGAAACAUCAGAGCAGUUAAAAGAUUACGUGGUCAAUAUUUUGAAUCAUCACAAUCUACUACAAAAAUGCAUUGGAAUGUCUGCUGAUAAUACAAAUACAAAUUUUGGUGGAAUAAGUAGAAAAGUACUGAACAAUCUAUUCAGCAAAUUAAAUGCUUCUCGUGGUAAACUCGCGAUUGGAAUUGGUUAUGUGGCACUAUUUUUAAUAACUGUUUACAAAAUUCGACGGACGUCUUACCCAUAG